UCGCCAAUUCGUGUUGUCCAACACAUCCGCUCCUUGACCAGAUAAUAUCCACCAUGGGCGCCAACAAUACCCUGGAUCGUCUCGUCGGCCUCGCCAUGCUCAUCCUUGCUUCGGCCGUCUUCCUUUACUACACCGUCUGGACGCUUCUCAUGCCAUUCGUCGACGACUCGCACCCAAUUCAAAGCCUCUUUCCACCACGCGUAUGGGCCAUUCGCAUUCCCGUCAUUCUCAUUCUCCUCGGAGGCGCCGUGGUCGGAAGCUUUCUCAGCGUGGUCAUGAUCAGGAGCAAUCGCAAAAAGGCAUUGAAGGCGAAGAAAGCGGCAGCGGGCAAGACGAAAUAAAUUCGGAUCGAACGGAUGUACUGGAGUCAGGGCUUGGGCAGGACAUGUUUACAGGAGAAAGGUCAAUGAAAUCUUGCGCAUAGGACUGUGAUACACGUCGAAAUGCAUUGCCGAAGUGAUGAACUUCACG